AUGACAGAACACAGCACGAAGAAGCGCAGGCGCACAGAUGACGCUUCGGUACUCAGUAAGAAGAAGAAGAAGAAGACGUCUAGGGACACCGCAGGCCCGCAGCCUACCUCGUUCAAGAUCUCCUCGAUCGUUAAACCACAGUUCGCUCCCCCGAUAAUAGCGCACACGACGGUGGACUACACAGCAAGGGAGGGCAAAGGUGCCGAUGCCCUGCUAAAACACUACAUUGGCGUAUUCGACCCAAAGACUGGCAAGAUGCAGGUCGUGGAGGCCAAGAAGAUGGUGAUACGGGGAGUGGUGCGAGCCAAGCAAGCUACGGAAGAGGAGAUGGUACAGAAGACUGCUACAAGUACCACGACCGACUUGCGGAAUGAUCUCGGCCAGGCUUUCGGUACGAAGAAGGCGAAGAAGGCUAUCGCGGCCAUUACGGAGAACGCCAUUGCACCAAGACGGAACGCGGACGGCAGCGAGCCUGCGCCGCAGAAGCUCGGAGCCGCAGACCUCGCGUUAAUGGAGACCAUUAAAGAGUCGACAAUAAGCGUGCCGACGAGGGAAGCGCUGCAAGCUGUGGUUGAUGCUGCCAAACCUAUUCCCAAGGGCAACUUCGACGCAGACGAGAUCCAAGAUGUCUACGUCCCUGAGGAGAUCAUCGGCGAGGAAGUGUUGAAAGCCAUCCCUGUCAGAGACUGGCAAGAGGCGAUCAAGAACGCCGAGGGGGUACAGGUCCGCUCCCGCUUUGUCGCACACCGUAUCAAUAGAGUAGGAACGGACGACAAUGCGGUGCAGAGACUGAGGGUUUUGAGGUACCUGCUGUUCCUCGUGAUCUUCUGGAUAACUACGAAGCAAGGUAGGGAGCGAGGGACAAGGGAGAUCCUAAAGAGGGACAAACUCAGGCAGGAGCUGUCCCCUGCUCCCGAGGUUGUGAUCGAGAACAUACGCAGGAAGUUCUCGGAGAACGGUGUCAUGCGUAAGUUCCACAUCGACCUGCUAAUGACACACUGCUGCGCCUUUGCCCUCAUUCUCGAUAGCUUCGAUCUGAACACAUGGGAUCUCAAGGAGGAUUUGAAGCUGGAGCAGAAACAGCUUAAUCAGUAUCUGUCGGAGAUCGGAGCCCGUACGAGGAUAUCCAAGUCGGCUGAGCGGACAGACCACAUGGCGAAGCUUGCACUACCACUUGUAUUUCCAAAGAUGAGAUUACAGAGACGAGGUAGGUAG